CAGUCCCACCGCCCCGCGCGCUGACGUGGCGGGACACGUGUGCGGAAGUGCCCGGGGGCGGGGCCGCGCAGGGCACCGGGCCGGGCGGGAGCUGCGCGGCGGAGCGGGCCGUGCUGUACCGAGCCAUCCCGUACUGAACCGAACCGGGCCUGCUCGGGAGCCAGGCACGCCCAGGGCCCCGAGCACCCCGGGGCCGCCCGCGGGAGCGCCCGGGCCGGGCCGGCGGCGGCCGCGGGAGCGAUGCUGAAGGCGGUGAUCCUCAUCGGGGGCCCCCAGAAGGGGACCCGGUUCCGGCCGCUGUCCUUCGAAGUGCCCAAGCCGCUGUUCCCGGUUGCCGGCGUGCCCAUGGUGCAGCACCACAUCGAGGCCUGCGCCAAGGUGCCCGGCAUGAAGGAGAUCCUGCUGAUGGGCUUCUACCAGCCCCACGAGGCCCUCGGCCGCUUCCUGGUGUCAGCGCAGCAGGAGUUCAAGAUCCCCAUCAGGUAUCUCCAGGAGUACGCGGCGCUGGGCACGGGUGGCGGCAUCUAUCACUUUCGGGACCAGAUCCUGUCGGGUGGUCCCGAGGCCUUUUUUGUCCUCAACGCAGAUGUGUGCUCCGAGUUCCCCUUGCAGGAGAUGCUGGACUUCUGGCAGCAGCAUGGCAACGUGCACAGCUUUGUCAUGCUGGGCACCACGGCCAACAGGACGCAGGCCCUGAAUUAUGGCUGCAUUGUGGCUAACACGGACACGCACGAGGUCCUGCACUACGUCGAGAAGCCCAGCACGUUUGUCAGUGAGAUUAUUAACUGUGGUAUCUACCUGUUCACACCUGCCAUCUUCCAGCACAUCGGCGAUGUCUUCCAGAGAAACCAGCAGGAGCUAGUGCUCUGUCCUUACCUUGGAGAGGAGAGCUCCAAUGGCUGGCUGCGUGCAGAAGUGAUCCGGCUGGAGCAGGACGUUUUCACGGCGCUGGCUGGGAGUGGCAAACUCUACGUCUACAAAACUGAUGGCUUCUGGAGCCAGAUCAAAUCAGCUGGCUCCGCCAUCUAUGCCAGCCGCCUUUACCUGAACCAGUACAGCCAGUGCCACCCAGAGAGGCUGGCCCAGAACAAACCUGGAGGCCCCAUCAUCCGAGGGAACGUGUACAUCCACCCGACGGCAUCUGUUGACAGCACUGCGGUGCUGGGCCCCAACGUCUCUAUUGGGAAGGGGGUCACAGUGGGAGCUGGUGUGCGUGUGCGUGAGUCCAUUGUCCUGCAUGGGGCCUCACUGCACGAUCACACCUGCGUUCUCAAUACCAUCGUGGGCUGGGACAGCACCAUUGGACGCUGGGCCCGGGUUGAGGGAACACCUAGUGACCCUAACCCCAAUGAUCCCUAUGCUAAGAUUGACAGCGAGACCCUUUUUCGGGAUGGACGGCUCACACCUUCCAUCACAAUCUUGGGCUGCAGUGUCACCAUCCCUGCUGAGGUUGUCAUCCUCAAUUCUAUCGUCCUGCCCCACAAGGAGCUGAGCCGCAGCUACAAGAACCAGAUUAUCUUGUGAGUCGGCCACUUGCUGGGUUGGGACCACCGUGUGCCCCACAGAGGAGGGUUUUGCCUCCUGGGAGAUUCCCAGCUCCUUGCCAGAGUGGCAAAUGCAGGCCAGGAGUCCUCCAAGUGCCUGAUUCCUACUCCAGACAGAUAUUAAAGCUGGUGCACAUCAGCCUUGUGUGCUGCUUCCCUUGCAGCCCAGGGGCCUGCCCUGGGGCAGGGGGAAGGCUUUGGGGACAGCACCUUGCUCUGUAGGGCAGGGCAAUGGUCUAGCUGCUGUGUACCUGUAUAGGGAGCCCUGAGCCAAUCUGCUGGGCAGAGCCCUUGCUGCCUGCAGCAUCCCAGGUCCUAUGAGCUUUGGCUCUUUCUCCACCAAAGGGCACUGCCAGUACCCAGUUCCCUGGGAGGACUAAGUACCUCUGGCCUGGCUCUCUGUGUGCUAUGCUACUGACUGUCUGCAAGCCCCUGGAAGCUCUUGGCCCCAUCUCUCAGGGCUGGAGGAGCUCUGGAUCUGCCAGGCCUUCUGCAUAGGCAACCUUUGCCGCAUGAGGCUGUUUUCAAGAGCCUGACUGCAGCAGUGUGAUUGCAACAGGUCCAGGCUGGCUCUCACUUACUGCUGGGCCCCAGUGGCUCAGCAGAAACUGAGAGCAGGCCAAGGGUGUCCCAAGGGCACUGGUGCAAGAGGGCCGAGUCAGACACGUGGCUGCUCUGAGAGCUCUGCUGGCCUUGGAGGGAGCUGCAAAGACUCUGAGGAUUUAAACACUGUUGCCAGCUGAGAGGUCUUUGUAGCCACCCUCCUCUUGGGUGCUGGUGUAGAGCACCUAUUCUCCAGGAAUGCCCACAUCCCAGAGGGCUGCCAGGAAAGCCACCAGUACUGCAGAGUAUGUUCCCAUCAGGCUCAGACCUGUGAAAAGGUCAGGGUCAUGGCAGCAGGCCCCUGCCCCAAUGGUAGGCCAAGAGCCUCCUUCCCAGAACCAUGGUUGUAGCUUGGGGGCUUGCUGCACAUCUCCCCUUGCACCAGCCCUGCUUUCAGUCUCCCACAUCCACAGGGCACCUGAGCAAUUGUUUUAUGUAUGUGCUGGUGGCAGAGAGCUACUGCUUUGCCUGUGUCUUGAAAAACUUGUUCUUUUAUCGAAGGAAAGUCCCUGCUUAGCCCAGCACACUCCAACUACAGUAACCAGUGUUGCCAUUUAUCUGCAUCUUCUCUUGUCAGGGAGGUCUGUGCUAAAGCACUGUGCUCUGCUGAGGACCCCCAUCACACCUCUCACCUUAAACUAGACACUGCUUUAGGGAUUUUGCAUCCAUCCUGUACCACCCCAGCUUGAUGGAUUUGCAGUAAAUCCUUGCUCCCAGCCCUGCACAUUCCUAUGCCAGUUCUUCUGUGGUCCUGGGCAGGGAUUAGCUGUUCCCUGACUUUAAGCACAUUAAACUCCUUCAGUUUUGCCUUUG